GAGAGGAAAGAGGAGGGGAGGAGAGAAGAUGAGAGAGAGAGAGAGAGAGGGAGGGAGGGAGGGAAUGUGUGUGAGAAGGAAAGUAUGUGAGAGUUGUUCGGGAACCUUGAUUCUGUGUGUGAUUGAGUGAUUGAGCCAGGGUUAGACAGAAAACUGCCUCGGAGAGAGUCUGUAUUACGGUCUGCUACAGUGUGUGUGUGUCUGUGUGUGCUGGGGUCUGUGUAUGUGUGCUGGAGUCAGAGUGUGUGUGUGUGUGCAUGCGCUACAGUGUGUGUGUGUGUGUGUGUGUGCUACAGUGUGUGAGAGAUCGUGACAUGCCGAGGCAUGGCUUUAGUCAGCAUUCAGUCUCAGCUCAGUAUGAGUGUGAGCCUGUGUGUGGACCGUGUUAGCGUGUAGUGUGUGUGUGUGGACCGUGUUAGCGGUGUAGUGUGUGUGUGUGUGGGGACCGUGUUAGUGUGUAGGUAUGUAACCAGAGCUCUAGGCGUGUAUAUGGAGAACAUGAGGAAAAUGAGCCUGCGGAAAAGACUGUCCUUCAAGAGGGUCUGGCACUUCAACACAUCUGCCGUGGUCUCUGAUGGAGAGCUGAACAGUGUUGACCUACAGGGCUGUGGUAGUGACAACAGUCUGAACAGUAAUGCCAGUCUACCCAGUGUCCAGUGCCAUCGACGCCACACAGAGAGACGGGUGGCCAGCUGGGCGGCCUGCUUUGAGAGACUGCUGCAGGACCCGGUCGGAGUCAGAUACUUCUCAGAGUUCCUGAAGAAGGAGUUUAGCGAGGAGAAUAUUGUGUUCUGGCAGGCCUGUGAGUUCUUCAGCCAUGUCCCCGACAACGACAAGAAGCAGUUAUCUCAGAGAGCUAGACAGAUCUAUAACAGUUAUUUAUCCAGUAAGGCCACUACGCCGGUCAACAUUGACAGUCAGGCCCAGCUGGCAGACGAUAUUCUCAACGCUCCCAGACCAGACAUGUUUAAGGAACAGCAACUACAGAUCUUCAACCUGAUGAAGUUUGACAGCUAUACUCGCUUCCUGAAAUCCCUCCUGUAUCAGGAAUGUAUGUUAGCGGAGGUGGAGGGGAGGCCUCUUCCAGACCCCUACCACAUACCCAGCUCUCCUACCUCCAAACACAGUACCGGGUCAGAUAGAUCCACACCCAAGAAGGACGACAAGAAGACUAAGUCGGGCCGCUCUCUGAACGAAGAGAGAGAGAGGGAUGAGUGCGGAGGAGAUAAGAAGAAAGGCAUGUUCUUUUCGUGGUCACGGAACCGGAGCUUCGGGAAAGGCCCCAAGAAACGGGAUCUGGCAGACAUCAACUACAACUUCUCGGGCAGUAACGGGCGUCGGGAAUCACAAGGCUCUCUGUCAUCCGGAGCCAGUCUGGAACUGGGAACGUCCGGAUCUGGAAAGAACGAGGGUGGUUCUAUGGAGAGAGACAGAGAGCGAGGCGGUGACUCUGUAACCCUGAGACAGUGUAACAUCAACCUACCAGAUGGGACAUGUUGCUCUGUGCCGGUCAGAGCUGGGUUCUCCAUCAGAGAGCUGCUGGUGGGUCUCUGUGAGAAACUCUGUAUCAACGUGGCAGCUGUAGACCUCUUCCUAGUCGGAGGGGAGAAGCCUCUGGUUCUGGAUCAGGACUGUAUGACUCUGUGCUCUCGGGACCUUAGACUGGAGAAACGGACUCUGUUCAGACUGGACUUGGUUCCUAUAAACAGGUCAGUGGGUCUGAAGGCUAAGCCCACUAAGCCGGUGACGGAGGUUCUGAGACCUGUAGUGGCCAAGUACGGCCUCCAGCUGAACGACCUGGUGGCCCGCAUCAGUGGGGAGAAGGAGCCUCUUGACCUGGGUCUCCCCAUCUCUAACCUGGAUGGACUGAGAGUGGUGCUGGAUGUAGCUGACAAGACACCUGGGAAGGACAAACCGAUAGGGGCUCCGUCUAAAACCCAUGCCCCGCCCCCUACGACUAGGAACCAAUCAGCUACGGGGGAUGAGAGGGCGUCAGGGAAGCCCAGCGCGGUGCUUGGCAACGGAAACAAGCCCUCCUCCUCUGCCCGUGACGACCGCCUCUUACCCAGCAGCCACCGCAAGACGGCGGCGCCAAAUAAAGCCCCGCCCACUGAAAAGAGAAAGCAGAAAAAGAUUACUGUAGACGAAGCUGAAGAGCUCUUCCAGCUCAUAUCCAAAGCUCAGUGCAGCAGAGCAGACGACCAGCGAGGUCUGUUAGACAAGAGUGACCUGACGCUUCCCGACUUCCUCCGCCUCAGCCCAUCAUCACCACCCCUUCCUCUUCCUCCCGCCUGCCUCACCCAGCAUGGCCGCGACGGUGGUAACCAUGGCGAUAGCGACAACUACGGCUACGGGGAAAACAGACGUCACGGCAACAAGGAGGGUGGAGCCUCGUUCCCUUUGAACACCAGCGGCCAAUCACAGAGCUCGUACUCCUCGCUCGGAACGGGAGGAGGAGGAGGGGGAAGACGAGCGCUCCUCCCCCCCUCCCACCACAACAGACCCCCUCCCCCGUUCCCCGGCACCACAGUCCACCCCCCCUCCCAGGGGCAGCAACACCUACGGGGUCUCCCCAGCCCAGACUGCACGGGGUUAGUACAGAUGUUGCAAGAGGAAUCCCUAGCUGACCUGACCCUGGUGGGAGAAGGGGACAUCAACAGUCCUAACUCCACUCUCCUAACCCCACACCACUCCUCCUCCACUACCCAUAACCCACCACGCUUCUCCCAACACGACCUCCACAGCUCGCCCUGCUCAGGUACCUCCCCUGUGUGAACUCUGAACCGUGGCCUUUCACCUUCGAACUGCGUUUGACCUCUGAACUAUCUUCUCCUCUAUCUCCCAAAAUGGAACCCUGUUCCCUAUAUAGUGUACACUACCCCUAUAGCUCUGGUGGAAAGUAGUGUGCUAUAUAGUGCACUACCCCUAAGGCUCUGGUGGAAAGUAGUGUGCUAUAUAGUGUACACUACCCCUAUGGCUCUGGUGGAAAGUAGUGUGCUAUAUAGUGUACACUACCCCUAUAGCUCUGGUGGAAAGUAGUGUGCUAUAUAGUGCACUACCCCUAAGGCUCUGGUGGAAAGUAGUGUGCUAUAUAGUGUACACUACCCCUAUGGCUCUGGUGGAAAGUAGUGUGCUAUAUAGUGUACACUACCCCUAUGGCUCUGGUGGAAAGUAGUGUGCUAUAUAGUGUACACUACCCCUAUGGCUCUGGUGGAAAGUAGUGUGCCAUAUAGGGAAUAUGGUUCUAUUUGGGACUCAGACCCCCCCAGUCUCUGGGAGGUGAAGAUAACCCCUUCCAGACACUGAUCCUAGGUCUGUUAUCUGUUCUGAGGAUACAUCUAGAUGAUGUGGUUCAGGGGACAGCAACACUGAUCCUAGGUCUGUUAUCUGUCCUGAGGAUACAUCUAGAUGAUGUUGUUCAGGGGACAUUGUAGUCAGAAUACUGAUCCUAGAUCUGUGCCUAUGGGGUCUGCUUCUCCGUCUGUGUGUGAAAGGUUGUUGUUUUUGAAGUGGACUUGUUGCUGUGGAAACCAGUGCCUAACUUUACCCCAGCCCCCCCUCCCAACCCUACACCCUCGGCCGUCUACAACCCUCCAAUGUACAGAUUGUAAUGAUGCACUUUAGCCAAUUAGGGGAAAGGACUGCUUUGUGUAUCUAAGCCUUGGUUUGAUUGGUUGGUUCUGUAACCUGGAGCCCUAGAUGGAGUUGGUCUGUUACCACUCAGCUGAAGAGAAAUCACCUUCACUACAAUGUGUGUUCCUGGAAGAGGACAGGACUGUAGACUGUCUCUGUCUCUGUCUCUGUCUCUGUCUCUCUCUCUCUCUCUCCCCCCCCCCCUCCCUCUGUCUGUAGUUUGGACUGAAACCCUGGAAGAACACCUCACCUCCCUCCCUCUCUCUCUCUCUGUCUCUCUCUCUCUUUCUCUCUCCUCUCUUCUCUCUUUCUCUCUCUCUCUGUCUCUCUCUCACCUCCCUCUCUCUCUUUCGAUACAAAAACAAUUCAACAAUGUUUCAAGCUGACUUGUCUUCUAACAAUCACCAGGCAUUUUACCUUUUUAUUUAGAGAUCUCAUCUAGUUUAUCAUCCUGUAAUAUAUUCCUGAGAACACAUUCAUUUAUCCUGAGUUGUUGUUAUUAUUAUUUUUAUUACAGUGUAUCAUGUUAAAGAGUACUAAUUGUGUAUAAAUACCAGUUUAACUGUCUGUUUUUAACCCUUUAUUAUCUAGUCAUUGUUCCAUCAACUUCCUGUCAUUCUGUUACGAUGAUGUCACAAUAGAAGUGUUCUAUUCUGUGGUUCCACUUCCAUUGGGUUGUUCUGUGAACUAUGACCUCCUGUACAUAGACAUAAUAAACAUUAUACUAUUGAGAUGGAAUCACCCUCUUACCAGC